GAUGUGAAAUUUUCUCGAUAAAUUGUUUAAAUUUAUCGUUUUAUAAGAAAAUUCUACUUAGAAUUAACGUAUACACUAACGGGGCAAGCGUUAAAUUCAACCUAAAUAUAGACUCGUGUUGCAAAACGGCGUAAACCCUCUUCGUGUAUGUCACCUGUGCGUUCAUCGGGCGACAGCUUUCGAUCGGUUUCGCACGUCCUACAAUAAACAAUAGUUUGUUUUUGCGGCGUAUUCACGCGGGCGAUCGAUCGCGUGCGGUGUUGUGCAGUGGUAAUGGUCGGUGCAGUGACGGCGACGGUGGAAAUGCAUCAGUGAAGGGAAGGAGCGCUAGCAGCAGGGCUCGCCAGGGACUCAGAUGUUGGAGACGCGAACCGCGCGCGCCGCAGACUCGGUGUGGGCGAGCAAGCCGCUGCCGGCGCCGCACGCCAUGGCCAACCCGAGACAUGGGAAAAACGCUCAGGAGGACGUGUGCUACGUGGUCGCGAAAUACGACUACGCAGCUCAGGGCGCCCAGGAACUCGAUCUCCGCAAGAACGAACGCUACCUCCUACUGGACGACUCGAAACACUGGUGGCGUGUACAGAAUGCGCGCUCUCAGUCCGGUUAUGUACCUAGCAACUACGUCAAGAAGGAGAAGCCUUCGCUCUUUGACAGUAUUAAGAAGAAAGUGAAAAAAGGUUCCGGUUCGAAGACGCUACCCUCCAACAGUUCGCCCGUCCGCGGCGGCACUGAGUCACCAGGCGCGCGGCGCGUCGCCGAGCCCACGGAGGCGCUAGGGACCGCUGUCGUCAAGUACAACUACCAAGCGCAACAACCCGACGAACUGUCGCUGACCAAAGGCACCCGGAUCCUGAUCCUGGAGAAGAGCAAUGAUGGCUGGUGGCGGGGGCAGUACCAGGGCCACACCGGAUGGUUCCCUUCCAACUACACGAGCGAGGAAGGCGACGCGGAAGAUCCGGUCCACACUUACGCCAUGGCGGAGAACGUUCUAGACAUUGUUGUGGCAUUAUACUCGUUCACGUCAAACAAUGAGCAAGAGCUAUCGUUCGAGAAAGGCGAUCGACUGGAGAUCGUGGAGCGACCGCCCUCAGACCCGGAGUGGUACCGCGCCAGAGACUCGCGCGGGCGCCAGGGCCUCGUACCGAGGAACUAUCUGCAAGAACUCGCUGACUACCUCGCCAUGCCAUACAGUGAAGCGACGGAAGGCGGGCGGGCCGUGGCGGGCCCGGGCGCGCAGGGCCGGGCCUGGUACUACGGCGCCAUCACGCGCACGCAGUGCGACACGCUGCUCAACCAGCACGGACACGAUGGAGACUUUCUCAUCAGAGACUCCGAGACUAAUGUUGGCGAUUUUUCGGUAUCGCUAAAAGCGCCGGGUCGUAACAAGCAUUUCCGCGUCCACGUAUCCGGAUCCCUAUAUUGUAUCGGGCAGCGCAAGUUCCCCACGCUUGACCAACUGGUCGCACAUUAUCAGCGGGCACCAAUCUACACUAAUAAGGCGGGCGAGAAGCUGUACCUGGUGCGCCCGCUGCCGCGCGCCGACCCGCCCUGCUGAGCCGGCCGCGACACCGCGCCCCCCGCCCCCGCCGCCGUGCAGCUGGUGACGCGCGCCACGCUACACUGGUAGCCGCCAUUUUAUAUACUACCCGUCUCUUACUUUUAAGCUCUCUCUUCCGCUAGUGCGUUUUCACAUUAUCCGAUCCGAUAUCGGAUGUCGAACCGAUAACGAUAAUUAACUAUUAAAAUCCUUCCGACGUCCGACAUCGGAUAUAGAAUAAUGUGAAAACGGACUUAUAUUCGACCGUGAUUCGCUUCAAUAAUGAAACCUUUGUGAGAACGAUACGAAUCGAUAUAAUGCCGCCAAAAUUAGUGACGACCGAAGGAGCCGAAUUACUUUGCGACUCUUCCUUAUGGCCGUCAUUAUUUUAACGAUCGAAAACAUAAGUCCGAUCGGAACGUAAAGCGCAGUUUCGACGUGCAAGUUUUGAAACAGAAAUAUAUGCAAGAAAGAAAUGCAAAUAUUUGCCACUCCCUCUUACCGAUUAGUAGUUAUAGUUGCGUCUCAAAACUUGCAAGUCUAAACUCGGCUUAACCGUUUAACUCUGACGCAAACGCAAAAAAAAACCAAACGGCCCACGCUCUGUACGGACACGCCUUAUAUCAACUUUAAAAAAGCUUUAUUUAUCAAAAAAACAAUUAUGCCUUUAUUUAAACCCAAAAUAUUUAUCUUUAAAACGACAUGCAAAAACUAAAAUGGCGGAUCCCAGCGAGGCGAACACUAAAAUUAACAUUAGAUACCGUAAUGAAAUUACUGACCUUCAACGCUUCCUUUACUAAUAUUCCUCAUUUCAUUCAAGUCAAUUUGUAUAAAUAUUCAUUCCAAUAUACCGCAACAUUAAACUUGACAGGGCCUUGUAUCUACUGAUUUUAGAAAUAUGUUAUAAUGUAAGAAAAACACUUUCAUAAUAACUAGUCUGGCAGCAAACGUAGCACACUAGUAUGAUAAACCUUAUCGCGUCGGUGAGUCCCUAUCGCACUUAAUAAUAGUGUGGAAUGGACGGCCUGGCGUGAUAGGCUUCAUCACGAGACCGUGCUUGCUCGCUAAGACAAAUAAUGUCUGUCUGAGAUAUACAUUAUAAACAAGGCUUUGUUAAGUGUAUCAAUAGUUAUCUUGAGCGGGUAUCAUGACAUCACAUUGCGUAUUAAAAUAUAAUUAAAAAAAUACGAACAUGUUAACCGCGCCAAGAUUUACGCAUUUUUUGCCAACAUAGCAUCUCUUUUCUUUGGCAUACGAAAAUAAGAAAUACGAAGGCCUUCGGCCUUAUAAAAUUAGUCGAAGCAGGGCCAAUGUUUCAUUAGUAACUUAUCUUUGUUUUAUAGUACAAGUUUAUAGGGUUUAUACUAAUGAAAUAUAACCUAACCUACCUAAGUAAAUAUACUCGAAGUGCCGGUUUCGACUCUUGCAAGAAAUUUUAAAAUGCGAAUACUGUUUUUGUCCCCUAAAACCUAACGCUAUAGUGUCUUACAACUGAAUUUAAGUAAUCAACUAGUGUAUAACGUAAUUCAGCGUUUAAAGUCUUCAUGUAUGAAAUUGCUACUAUGAAUGUGAUUUCUCCAUAGAUAUUAUUUAGUUACAAUGGCAGUUUAUCAUUCGGUCACUGAAAAUUGGGAUCAGAGAUAUUUAAGCCUGAGUCAAAGAGUAUUUUCACGACCAGACUCGUCAAAAACCUUUAAAAAGAAUCUGGUUCAAAAUUUGCCAGACAAACGCGUCCUUGAUAAUUUAACUUAGAAUAGAACUUGACUGACAUUUUGGACGCGUGCUCGUGUCUUGGAUUUCAAGGCGUAAAUAAGUCUUGGAAAGGUAAAAAAAAAACUUAAACUUAUUCCGUAUAAGAAAUUUUGUGUAGGAGAAUGAAACCGGCCACUUGCCUAGUUUAAUACGGCGUUGAUGCAACGCCAAAAUAUUAAUAAUUACAAUAAUAAACCAAAAAUUGGCUUCUUUAUUGCAUCUCUAAUAGCGUAAGAGCAUUUUCUAUAUCAUAUUAUUUAGGUAAGUUACGUAGAGUAAUGUAAAAUGUUUUAUAGUUCAUGUGUAGAUACGGGACGUGUAUGCGUCAUAGUUUAAAUGCUUCAUUCAAAUUAAUAUAUGAGGGAUUGCAAAAAGGGCAGUUUACUCGAGUUUCAUGUGUAAAUAAUUUCAUUUUAUUUAACUCUUACAAGAUCUUUAGAAUGAUGUAAUUUAAAAAUCAUUCGGUAGGGAGCCAACAAUUUAAAAAUGAAAAUCGAGUCGAAUGAAUAAUCGAGUUACUUAGUAUUACAUUAUUUUAAAGAUCAAUAAGGAACAAAAUAGUCUAUAGUUCCCAAUAAUAUAGGUAUUAUCUGCCAAAUGCCAUAGAUUCUUUUUUUUUUUAAAUGACUUCGAUUUAUUGAUGAUUUUAAAGCUGAGGUAAUAUUAUGAUUUAGAUUUAUAUAAGUGGUAAUAUAAUCUGUAAUCUGCACAAGAAAAGUGUCCAGAUAGUUUUAAAUACUUUGUCAUAACUAAAAUAACCAAUUGUAAUAAAACCUAGGUUUCAAAAACUUCCCUUUUUGCAAUUGUUAUCCAAACACAUUUUAUACACACCAGUACGUUGUGAUGUUUGGCCACGUAAGUUAUAUGUAAGUCAUUCAGGGAGGUCGCGGCGAAGGGGAUUUUGUACUUUUUUAUAAUAGGGCUUAGUGCCCGAGUUAUUCCUAAUACCAGAGACUGGGUAGUUGCAAAGUUAAGGAAAAACGUGACUUGAGGAUUUUUAGGUUAUAUACAAUUGUUGUGAAGGAAUAACAAUUAAAUUACUGUGAAUCAUGCGAAUUUUUGGUUAGAAAACCCUAAAAAGGCCAAAUCUGCAUAUUUACGUAUGAUGGAGUUACAUAGUGAAAUAGAGUCCUGUCACGGUCGCCAUGUAAGGGGCCGAUAUGAGAGAAUAUUUGAAUGUGAAUAAAUACUGAUUUAUUUAGAAUCUAGCGUUUAGAAACUAUAUUGUAUAGGGUCAAUUUUUACCUACCUGGUUAAGUCAACAUAUAAGUCACGUUUUACUUUAAUUUUAGCAUAAUUCUAUUAGUCUCUUUAAACAAAGCCAAUGAGACGAAAUACUCUUUUCUAAUACGUAAUUAAAAUCACGUUUUAUAGAAAUAACACCAAACUAUUUGGUCUCAUUGGCGUUGUUUUGUAGAAUAAAGUCUGAUUAGGAACGCGUAGAUUGUUUCCGCAACUAUAGUCGUUCGACAACGAAUUAGGUCCCAGUGCGAGGGAGACGGUCGCAGUUCAAACUGACAUCCAUGUUAUCCCUUUUUAUAUCACUGGGUCUCCAUUGGCAUGAAAGAGAUAGCAAUAUGACGGUCGUCACUGAAUAUUGCGGUGAGUAUGGUAUUGUCUGGUACACAUAACAUCAUCGCGAUGAGACGAUUUUUUACUACUAUUCCUUGAUAUUUAUUUAUGAGAUAUUUAAAAAUACUUUUAAAUAUAACAUAGCCUAAUCUCUUUUUUAUUCUAAAUACUUAAAAGGACAGUUUUUUGGCCUAUUCGUCACUCGAUUUAUUGUUUUUGGUACCAUUAUUGUACAAAAUGAUUGGUUCGUUUUGCAAAUUGGGCCAAAAGUACUGUUAUUUUGGUAUUUUUAUAAUAGAAAUAUUGGUAUUCGAAACAUGACGCUCUAAGAAACAGAUAAAACAAAGUGUCUCCAAGGUUUUUUGUCAACAAAAAAAAUGUAGUUUGAACUGCGACGAGUAGGAAUGUAAUCUCAGAUUUCCGCUGAUGUGACUCUCACUAGUCAGUUAACGCCGGCAUCACAAUCAGCGCUUCGCUUUAACAAUAUAACAAAUAUAACUGUCAGAUUAUCAUCUUUUAUUUACGCGGUAACCUCUGUGUGCGAGCGAGACAAACAUACAUAGAUUGUAUAGUGUUGUCUCUGUCUCGCUUCGCAUCAAUUGUGGCCGCCGUAGGCUGUCCCCAAGCCUAUCGACGUAGAAUCGGCUCUAGCUGACCAAAAAGCGCUUAUUAGUAUAAAGAUGCUUACGUAUCGUCGUCUCGUUCAUACUUACGAGCAUAGAGGAAAGAGAAAGGGAAGAGUUAACUCCAAACAUCAGUAUUUGUAUAGGCAUAGUUAAGUGACAUCUAGCGACAAUCACGCGUCGACUAGCGUGAAUUAUCAGUACUGCUACUUGUCAAUAGAUGUCGCGACGAACGAAGAGUCUGCUUGCUCACCUAUUUUUAGCGAAUAUUACAAUAGUAUUAAUCAGUAUAUUCUGUUUUCAAUUCCUUCUGCUUGUAAUAUAAGUUAACUGGAAGAGAUCCCUUAAAGGGAUAAGUUCGCCUUUGUACUGAAACU